UAAAUAACUCUGCAAUUAUAUCUGAGAAGGGACGAAUUAUGGAAAAUAAAACUGUCGACGUGGAGGCAUCAAGUAGCUGCGCAUCAUCUUCCAACAGCACCUCCGGUCGGAAAAACCCUUUCCAAGAGGCGGGACAAACCCACCUGAAGGCGGUGGAGUCUUUCCGAAUGCUUAUGGAGGCGUGUCGUAUGAACUGCAAAAAUGUCUGGGUCUGGAAGAUUGCCAGGUUUGUCAUGCAUAUUGUCCAGCAUGACCCAUGAUGUCUGUGAUGCAUGCCUUAGCAUCACAGAUUCUGCGAGGGCUUUCUGAUGCUCAUACAGCAUGAGAAGUGCCGUCUCUGCGUAGCAAAAACUGGACCUAUUUUGCUCUUCACGCAAUACAGAUUUUAUGCAGAGUCCAGACGUAGCAUUACAAGUUGUAUCCUUCCAGACCCAGACAUAUUUGCAAGGCAUAUGUCGCAAGCUGGCGCAAAACCGCCAGGGCUUUUCCGUGGUGAGUUUGCGGAAGGUGGGCGUCGGAGUCGAGGGGAUCCAGGAGUGGAACCGGUUUCGGGGCGUAUGCAUUGCAAAAGUUAAUAAAGUAUCGUGCUAGAAGAUGAAGUUGUACAAGAAAUCGCAUGACAAACGUUGCCAAAAGGAAAAAUGGAACUUGUCACGCCGAAUAAGGAAUGUCAUGCGAGACAACUUGUCAUGCGAGACAACUUGCAUAUAUAUGUUUAUACGAAAGCAGCGACCGACAUCAUUUUUGCACAGCAUACGCCACGAUUCGCGCGCAUUUUGCUCGGGACGGCGAGGAGCACGACGAGCACCCGACCUCCAGCUACCAAAUCCUGAAUUGGGUUAUCCUUAGGAAAAAAUAACCUAUGAUCUUCGUCCCAUCGAUGAUCCAAUUUCUCAUGCAAGCAUGUUUUGUACAUACAUAAAUGCACACCCUAGUGCAUCAUCUAAGAUGAUGUACCAGGGUGUCGUAUGCAUUUAUGCAAAAAUCAAAGUAGUUACAGGGAGACGACGAUGACCACGGUUUUUUUUCCUGUGGAUCUAAGUCGAGGGCUUCAUUCUCGGUGCUGCAGCUAAGGAGCGCGCGGAGCGAGGCAUCAUCGAUUGUCCUCGUGCAGAAGGAGGCAAGAACGUACAGAACUUUUCGCAUCAGCACGCAGGAGCGACUGCUGCACUGGACCGACAAGCCGCAUCGGAAAACGUUGCCGUCUACAUGGGCCCGUACGGCAUUCCAUUUUUUCUCAUCGGGAAAGACAGCAAGGCACUCUACACUAUCACGCCAUUCACGGGGCUCGCAAAAAUUGGAAUGAUUUUGACAGGAGUAGGCGGUGGUAAUAAAGGCGAUGGUGGAGGUUGUUCUGAUAAAUGAUGACUUGAGGAUUUUGAAGUUGUACAACUAAACGAAAAUAAUCAAAAUUAUCAUGCUUUGGCUCUAGAUUGAGCCAGUGCCAGCGGAUAAGGAUAAGGAAAAGGAUAAGGAACUACUGCUUAACAGUGUACAAGAACUUCAAUUUCUACGACGACAUCGUAAGAACUUUAAAUGCUUAAUGAGCCCGAGGAGUGGAGCGUCGAGUAGGGGGCGGCCAUCUCAUACUUGUAAUCGCCUUUUUCGCGGGCUAAGGCUAUUUUGAAGUUCUAGUUCUACUUCUAACCACAGGACUACGGGCGGAAAAAUAAUUUCUCAAAGAACAAGCAGAGUUGAGAACUAUAACUAGUCUCAAUAUCAAUUAGUAAGCGUCCUGAAUACCGGUCCGGCGUUUUGAAGUAGUAAAUCCAGGAAGCGGAAGGACGAUGGCACGACAGAUGAUUCUGGCGGUAGCAUCUCGUCGUGUUCUUCAAAAUCCUUUAUCACUCCCUUUUUUUCCAUCUUCAUGUUCAUGCCUGUACAGGUACACUAAGCCUUCGGUAUCGGUUCGUACAUCUAAAUCUAAGUGCAGAAGUACGAGUGGAAUUGCUCCUUCGCAUUAUAGAAACUCUAACUACUGCGCACAAACAAUCGGCACCGCUUAAUAUUGAACCUGCACCUGAAAAAAGUGCUGCUGUGAAAAAAAUAUUAAGUACGUAAAAACAAAUACGAAAACAAAAAUUUUUUUCGUGAAGGGGCGUGGUUGUCGAACAUACAAACAUCCUCCUCCUGCUUCAAGAUAGUGCUGCGAUAAGGACAACAAUAAUAACCUUCUCAGCUGCUCUCUGCUCAAUGUUAUUGCUGUAAUGCGUAGCUUCUCGGAACCUGUUGGUCGGCCCGGAGACCACAAACCUGCUCAACAAGUAUUUGAAAGGAUGGUUUUUGAUCUUUCAGUAAGUUUUUCCGACAUUGUUUAUACCUCAAUGUCAAUCCCAACAGCAAAAACAAAAAUCGGAUGUGCCUCCUGUGAAGGAUUGAAUGUGUGUAGUUUGUGCAAAUAAAAUUUGAACGAAACACUUCAGCAGAUAGAUUUAGAAUUUUUCAGAUCCUUCAGCGCGCUGCGUUUUACCUACAACUUCCCGAUCUAGUAACUCUUGGGAUCCUCCAAACGUUCAGGCUGACGAGCUUGUUCGGGAGGUCGGGAGCUAGCACUGCAGGGCCCGCUUAUGGUGCAAGCCCUGGGGCCCCCAAGAUAGUAGUUUUUUGGCUUGAAGGAUCUAAAAAUGUAGACACAAAACGAGCAGCUUCACAUUGCACCCCAAAAUAGUCCAGCGGCACAACGACGAAAUGUGAGAAAAACGCACUGAGGAAUAUUUUAACUCAGAUCCAUAUGGAAGCGUCAGAAUCGAAAUCAACAAAAUCGAAAUAAUUUGUGAUGCAUAAAAUCGCUACCAGUUGGAGCCUCACCCUCAGUUUUCAAGCGGCGCAUGACAAAUUUCGGAAGCACCGAAUUCCAGUCUGUCAUGCUGUUUGGGCAAAGCCAGUUAGGAGAGUACCAAAGUGAGGAAAAAAGGCCAAGGUUUGUAGACAACGUCAUGUUUACAGUGUGGCUAGGGGUGGGCCACCCAGGUCAGCUAGGCAUGGGAAGAACGACACACAACGCACAGACGCCAAAAAAGAGCUACAUGACCUGCCCAGUCUGUCAAAAGAAAGUAGUGCCAAGCACAGACCACUUGCUUUUUCAGUGCGAAGACCCUACGCUAGUGCAAUUGCGAAAAGAACACUUAGGCGCGCCAUGCAUAAAAGCCAUGGAUCCAUGCAUAAGUUUCGUCCGGGAGCGAAAAAACGUGAAAAACGUCCUGAACUUCUACGAGAAGGCCUCGCAGACACACGGAGGAACUCUGCCCACGGGGCUAGCGAACGCGAUCAGAGGGGGACAGACGGUUUUCGACGAGGCGGACUACAAGGAUGUGGCAGAAUGGCAACCGGAGAAAAAGCCGAGCAAGGUCCAGGAGGGGGACCUGAACAAAAUAGCGAGCAGGAUCGGGAGGCUCUAGGAGAGAGACCGCCAACACGAAAACGAACAAAGCCGACAAACUGCUACGAACGAGGGGACUACGCUCAGCCGGGCAACUUCUCCGAAAAACCUGCACCCAGAAAAACCCCACCACCCUUCCCCCCUCGCUUUAGGUCUAUCUGGAGGACAUGACACCUCUGGCUGCAGGAGCAGUCCCGGGGUGUUAGCGCGGGAGGAGCGGAACCGGUGACCAGCUGCGUCAGCCAGGGCACAUCGAAACAGGUGGGCCUAGGGCAAUGAGGGUGUGCCAAGCGGAAGGUGGUGGAGAUGGGAACGGAGACAGAGUAGAACUUGUUGAGGCGCUUGUUGAGGCGGUAAAGUAGGUAGAAGCGUGAAGCCACAGCGCAUAGUUAAGAAGUUAGAGAGCAUGACACUGCGAGGCUCGACCCGUCCUCGAACGGGGGCGGGUGAAUGUAGCAAGCGGUGAUCGUGAUACAGAGGCUGUCGCUCGUCCGCCACACUAGUUUCCUAACAGCAAGAAGAAAAAACAAGACAAGGCGCCUAAGCUACUACUAAAGCUUACGUGGUAAAACAGUAGAAUAGCCGCGCGCCGCACUCAACCCAGGGGACCCGCUGAACGACGGCCGAGAGCCCGCCCGGUGAGGAGUUUCCUUAUGUUCGUGUUCGUCUGCCCUCCACCCACUGCAGAAGAGCAACCUUGCAGAUUUGAACCAGGUCGAUCUUUUUCAAAAUCUCUGGUUAAUUCACUCCGGUCCGCCUUGCUCUUUGAAGAUCCGUGCGAAAAAGCACAUGAAAAGCUGCUGCCAUGGUGAAGAACGGUUAGUACAAGCGCAGGCCCUAGAGUGUAACAUGAACGGAAUCGGGCUACAAGGCCACAGGUAAAUCACCCCUGCGUCUUCCGGUCGGCCUUUACGAAACUGACUACAAAAAACCGCGACGGUAGAAAGGGGGCGGUCUAGUCUACGGUCUAGAUCGUCUCCACUACCAUUCGAAAAAACGCAAGUCCCAGCUAUAGUACAACAGGAGCGGCAUCCGACCCGAGUGUAGUCAGCCGGACCAUUUUUAGAAGACGUUGCGAGGUGGGCGGAGAGGCAUCACGCGUGCAGUGGAACGAGAGGAAGGCCAGCGUUCAACUGUGUGAUGUUCGUCGUAUACUGUCCUGCCUAGUUCACUAUGUAGGUUAUCUCUCUCUCUCUCUCAUGCUGUUUGGGCAAAAAAGGCUACCCCUGUCAUGCUACUUCGGCAGCGCAUCGUCUUCCCCUAAACAGGCUUGCAAUCAGUCUCAUUUGCCUGCUCCCCAAUACAGGCCAUACGUGCCCUGCAUUUUAUGCAUUACAAAUUUUUCGAUUUUGUCUAUUUCGAUCCUGACGCUUCCAUAAUCCAUUUAAAGGAUGAUGGAAGUCGAACAAUUUAUAUUUUACCUCCAAUGAAGAUUGCAUUGCUCUCCCUCUUCAAUGGUGACCUUGAACAAAAAGCGCUGUCAUUUUUUGGUAUGAAUGAUAAGACCCAGCAGAAAAUGAUAAGAAAAAUCCUGUAUGUGAAAAUGAUUUGUCAAGGACGAGACCGAGACGAAUACGUGCGGGCAAGACCGACCUAGAAAUCGUUGCAUCACCC